GACAGAACAAUGGUUUCUGAGAGGUACCAAUGCAAAAGUGUAUGUGUAAUUGGGGCUGGACCGUCGGGCCUUGUUGCUGCAAGAGAGCUGAGGAAAGAAGGUCACAGAGUGGUGGUGUUGGAACAAAACCAUGAUGUAGGAGGUCAAUGGCUGUAUGACCCAAAUGUGGAGGGAGAGGACCCUUUAGGAAGGAACACUACUAGUCCUACUACUAGUACUAAUUCUCAACAUCUCAAAGUCCACAGUAGUCUUUAUACCUCUUUAAGGCUUACAUCCCCUAGAGAGAUCAUGGGGUUCACUGAUUUUCCAUUUUCAGUUAAGAAGGGUAGAGACAUGAGAAGGUUUCCUGGGCAUAGGGAACUUCUUUUGUACCUUCAAGACUUCUGUGACUGGUUUGGGUUAAGGGAUUUGAUUAGGUUCAAUACUAGGGUGGCUUAUGUGGGAAUGCUGCAGGAUCAUGUAACGGGAUGCCAAGAUUUGAAAUGGCUCGUUAAGAGUGUGCAGAAGAAGACCCAGAUUGUGAUGGAAGAGGUGUUUGAUUCUGUGGUUGUUGCCACUGGCCAUUACUCUCAGCCUAGAUUGCCUUCCAUUAAAGGAAUGGAUUCAUGGAAGAGGAAGCAAAUGCACAGUCACAUUUACAGGGAUUCCAAGCCUUUCCGCAAUGAGGUUGUGGUUGUGGUUGGAACUUCACUAAGUGGGCAAGACAUAUCAAUGGAGCUAGUAGAAGUGGCAAAGGCAGUGUACCUCAGCGCAAGAUCCAUGAACAAAAUCUCUGAGGGCUUAUCAAAGGUCAUUUCCAAGCAUGAUACUUUGGAUCUUCGUCCACAGAUAGAGUCCCUUCAAGAAGAUGGAAAGGUAUUGUUUGUGGAUGGUUCUUGGGUAAUUGCAGACACUAUCAUCUACUGCACAGGGUAUUCAUACACAUUCCCAUUCCUUGACACCAAAGGAAUAGUAGCUAUUGAUGAUGACAGGGUGGGUCCUUUGUAUGAGCACACCUUCCCUCCCUCACUUGCUCCUUCUUUAUCUUUUAUUGGCAUUCCUAGAAAGAUCAUAGGGUUCCCUUUCUUUGAGUCACAAGCAAAAUGGAUAGCUCAACUGCUCUCCGGAAAAAGAACAUUGCCAUCAUGGGAGGAAAUGAUGCAGUCCAUUAAGGACUUCUACCACUCAAGGGAUGUUGCUGGCAUCCCAAAGUAUCAGACUCAUGAUAUUGCAGAGUUUGAGUAUUGUGACAAAUAUGGAGAUCAUGUUGGGUUCCCACAUUUAGAGGAAUGGAGGAAAGAGCUUUGUCUUUCUGCCUUGAGAAAUUCCGAGACCAACUUAGAAACAUAUAGAGAUUCGCUGGAUGAUCAUGACUUGCUUCAAGAGGCUCUUCAGAGUCCACAUUUCACUCAACAAGAACAAGGAGCUCAAGAUUUUCCUCUGUAA